AUUUUCAAUAAAAGACAAUGCACCAUUCCACAUAACCACUAGAUGUCACAAGUAUUACAGGAGCCUGAGAGGUUACUAAGGGCCCGGUGGAAAUUCAACAUAUCACUGAACUUCACAUUUUCCUGUUUCCACAUGGUAGAUGCCAGAAGAAUCUGAUACAGUGUGAUAUAGAAGCAAGCAAAUCGAUUCCAUGCAACAGUCAGCAGUACUUAUAGCUGGAUUCUGACACAAAAUUACAAAGCAUUUUGAAACAAAUUUUGCCAAAGCAAACACCACUGCAAAAAUGUAACUUAAUUUACAAGUUUUGGGGAGAAGAAUCCUGUUUCAUUCCAACAAAAUAUUAAGCUUUUUACUGGCUACCUUCAGAAUCUUUUAAAUCUUUGUGGACAACACAGUUACAAGCAGUUCAGCAAGAAGGCGGUGGCUAGUUUCAGUUGUAGAGCUGCUCUGGUGUCUGUGUUGUAGUUUGCAGACUGAACCAUGCCAGCUUUAUCCACUGGAUCUGGAGGUGACACCGGUUUGUAUGAGCUGCUGGCUUCAUUGCCAGCCCAGCUGCAGCCCCAUGUGGACAGCCAGGAAGACCUGACCUUCCUCUGGGAUAUGUUUGGUGAAAAAAGCCUUCAUUCACUGGUAAAGAUCCAUGAGAAACUGCACUACUAUGAAAAGCAGAGCCCUGUGCCUAUGUUGCAUGGUGCAUCGGCCUUGGCAGAUGAUCUGGCUGAGGAGCUGCAGAGCAAACCACUAAACAGUGAGAUCAGAGAAUUGUUGAAACUACUGUCAAAACCCAAUCUCAAGGCUUUGCUUUCUGUGCAUGAUACCGUUGCUCAAAAAAAAUAUGAUCCAGUAUUGCCUCCCAUGCCUGAUGAUAUUGAUGAUGAAGAAGACUCUGUGAAAAUCAUUAGACUUGUAAAAAAUAGAGAACCACUGGUGCAUGAUAGAAGUUGGACUGUGAAGUUCAGUCAGUGUCCAGUUCAAGCCUUCUCUGUUGCUGGGGCUACUAUCAAAAGGGACGAGCAUACUGGAGCAGUUGUUGUGGCUCGAAUAAUGCAUGGAGGAGCUGCAGAUAGAAGUGGUCUUAUUCAUGUUGGUGAUGAACUUAAGGAAGUCAAUGGAAUUCCUGUUGGUGAUAAAAAACCAGAAGAAAUCAUACAAAUUUUGUCCCAGUCUCAAGGAGCCAUUACGUUCAAAAUUAUACCUAGUAUCAAAGAAGAAACUGCAUCUAAAGAAGGCAAGAUCUUCAUGAAAGCUCUGUUUGACUACGACCCCAGUGAGGAUAAAGCAAUUCCCUGUAAAGAAGCUGGACUUCCUUUCAGAAAAGGUGAUAUUCUUCAGAUCAUGAGCCAGGAUGAUGCAACAUGGUGGCAAGCCAAGCUUGAAGGAGAUGCCAAUCCCAGAGCAGGCUUAGUUCCUUCAAAGCAUUUCCAGGAAAGGAGAUUUGCAUUGAGAAGAUCAGAUGUACAGGUUCAGCCCUUGAAAAUGUCCAAUAGAAAAACAUCUGGUUUUAGGAGGAGUUUUCGUCUAAGCAAAAAAGACAGAAAAACAAACAAAACUAUGUAUGAGUGCAAGAAGAGUGAUCAGUAUGACACAGCAGAUGUCCCAACCUAUGAAGAAGUGGCAAAGUAUAGGCGGCAGCCUAACGAGAAAUACAGACUUGUUGUCUUGGUUGGUCCUGUGGGUGUAGGACUGAAUGAACUGAAACGGAAAUUAUUAAUCAGUGAUACUCAGCAUUAUGGUGUAACAGUGCCACACACAACAAGAGCAAGAAGAAGCCAAGAGAGUGACGGCGUUGAGUACACGUUUAUUUCCAAGCACUUGUUUGAGACAGAUGUACAGAAUAACAAGUUUAUUGAAUAUGGAGAAUAUAAGAACAAUUAUUACGGCACCAGCAUAGACUCAGUUAGAUCUGUUCUGGCUAAAAAUAAAGUUUGUUUGUUGGAUGUGCAGCCUCAUACAGUGAAGCAUUUAAGGACAUUAGAAUUUAAACCAUUUGUCAUACUUAUAAAACCUCCGUCAAUUGAACGUUUGCGCGAGACCAGAAAAAAUGCGAAGAUCAUUUCAAGCAAGGAUGAAAAGGGUGCUGCCAAACCUUUUCAGGAAGAAGACUUUCAAGAAAUGAUUAAAUCAGCACAGAUAAUGGAAAGCCAAUAUGGCCACCUUUUUGACAAAAUUAUAGUAAAUGAUGAUCUUACUGCAGCUUACCAUGAACUGAAAACAACCUUUGACAAACUGGAGAGAGAGACAUUUUGGGUUCCAGUCAGCUGGGUACAUUCAUAACACUAUAAACAAAAUAUUUCAUAAUAUUUUAAUAAGGUACUUAAUUGGACUUCAGUGGCAAUUUUGUUGGUGGGAAGCUUUUCUAGCUUUGGUAAACUGAUGCAUUCACAAACUUGGUGCAAUGGAAUGUUGAUCUUAUUUUUCAGUAUGUAAACUUUCCUUUUUGGAAAAAGAUCACAGUUGAAGCCUUAUUUUUACCUGAAUCUGUUUACAGAUUUUUUUUUAAAGCACCCCAGCUGUUGUGAUACCACAUUUCAUAAGUAGUUUGUACUUCUAGUGUGAGACCUCUAAGCCCAGAGUCAAUAAAAGAUGCUAAGGUCUGAGAUUAUUGUAGUGUGUUUAAGUGGCCUCAGUUUGCUGCUGCUAGACACGUGAAGAAUUCAAAACUGCAGCACAAUUCUGGUCAAUAUUUCUUGGAGUGUUGGAAUUGAUUUAUGAUAGAUAUGGAGUGUUGGUAUAUGUGGGAAAUAAGAGCUUGCCUUUCACAUUCAGACUCACUUUGGUGUCUUUACCAGAAAAGCAAAUGCAAACUUCUUUGAUAGGAAAAAAAAUACAUUGGAGAUUUUAAGUGAGCAAUAAUAUUGUACAUUUCAAGUAUUUGUAGAUUACACUUCUGUAGUAUUGAAAGAAAUAUAAGGUUUUUAAUUCGAACAUCAAAUUUUGGGUUGUUUAGAGGUAGUUCUUAACUGUGUCAUUGAGAACUGUUUUUGCAAUAGAGGCAAGUGCAAAAAUUGAUUUUAUUUAUAUAAAUGCUUCAUUUUUUAAAAAAACCCUUUAUUAAAAAAAAUAUGCCUUUGAGAGAACCCAGAAGCUUUUUUUUUCAAUGUACAAUUUUGUAAUUAAAAUUUGUGUAUCAUUUUUCAUUCUACACUGGCCACAUACUGUUGAAGCCUCGAGGUGUGUUGUCUGGAAAGAAGAAAGCAGGAUUCCACACCUACCUCUGUUUCCUGUUGAUAUGAAGUAUCUUAUUAGAGAGAGAGAUGCAUUUUAUGUGUAAGUGAAUUUGUCUUGCAGAUAAUGUGUGGUAGUGGCACUUCAGAACCUGGGCACACAAACGUGAAACCCAGUUACUUAUGUUAACAUAAAAAAGGGUUCGCUGUCUUAUUUAAAGGCAAAAGAAUUUAGUGAGACUUUAUAUAUUUAUGAAAAGAGGUGAGAAGGGAUUUUUUUAAAUUUCCUUGUCAAUGUGAUCAUUUAUUAAACAGAUUACACUGUGUCUGUGAUCUGAAACUUUGGCUUUAUAAACUCAACAUUCCGUGUAAAUAUUUUAGUUUAGAUACAGAUAAACCACCAGGUCUUUGCAAGUGUAGUCUAAAUAGAAGGUUGGGGUUUUUUUGGUUCACUGCAUUUGUUUCAAAGUUGUGUAAUACAAGGGAAGUGCCAACAACCAAAACAUAGUCUCUUGCAAACGUUUAGGGUAGUUUGACACAUCCUGAAGCCUGGCACUGAACAUCCGCAAUAUAAUCUGGAGUCUUUCUCAGGUCUGACUGUGUUUGAUGAAUUACAUGUGGUUAAACUUCAGCAGCACCAAUUAGUUGCAUGAAAAAUACUGAACUGGAAUCUUUUUCAACUACCAUGUACCACUUUUUCAAAUAUUGAAUUGGAUAAAUCACUAUGGUUAUUUUAAUUGUUAGGUACUGAGUAUCUUUGACUUUCAGUGCAUACAGCUAGAGCCACAAGUACUUGGUAUGUAUUUACCAAGGUUUGGGUUUUGUAAAGAAGAGGAUCCAAAGUGUUUUUUAGAAAAACAGUUGCCCUACUUGUAAGCUGUACUGUGUGAGACUUUUCUUAAUGUGUGUGUUGAAAACAAAGAAACAUUUGGCCCAUAGAUAUCAAAUACUAUGACAGCCUGAAACCUUCUAUAAGAGAACAUCUUGACAUCAGUGCUGUCCCUUUAUCUGCCACAUAAAAUAUAGCAUUCUGGUAACAAUGUUCUUACCUGCAACAUCUGAAACUAUUAAUCUGUAUAAGCUUGUCUUGUUCUUUAUUUUGAGAGAGAAUGCACCAGCCUGAUAGCUUGAGUACGCUGACGCAAGUCUGCAGUGGCUUUUGUACUUGCCCUGAUCCAAAAAUGUUGCAUCCAUGGAAUUUGGCAAAAGUGGGAGUUGUCCACUCUCUUCAACAUUCAGGAAUCUUCCAUGUGCAAACUUUAAAAUUGGUUGGAGCUUCUGAUCACAUGUAUACCUUUUUAAAAAAAGAUCUGAAGUUGGUUUAAUUUUGACUUAAUUUUGAGCCUCUUUGUAUUGUACGGCAUGGUUUUGGGAACUGUGUUCUUAUGUUUAAGUACAGAUAUCCUUAUGUAUUUUUUUGCUGUUUUGUUGUUGUCAAACAAAUUUUUAUACUGUGGGAUUCAGAGCAAUACUUGAAGUUGUCACCAAUUCACUUACUGAAAUGCCUGAAAUACAAUGUUAUCUUAAAUCAAUAAAUUAUUGACAUGAUGUAUUUCAGAACUACGUGCUUUUGUAAAAUCUGUGCACUGUACAAUGAAACGUGGAACCAUCUUAAUAAAAAUUUGUCAAAUGCC